AUGGAGGGUGAACCGAGGGAGAUGAAGCCUGGUUUCUACACGGUCGAGCUGAAUCGGACAGUGUGGGCGGUGCCAGUGUACUAUCAGAACCUUACUCCAAUUGGCACAGGAGCUUACGGAACAGUUUGCGCCGCAGAAUGUUUACGAACGAACACUCGUGUGGCUAUCAAGAAGUUCAAUCGACCAUUUCAAUCAAUUAUUCAUGCGAGGAGAACGUAUAGAGAGCUGCGCCUUUUACGUGGGAUGGAUCACGAAAAUGUUAUCGAUAUGCUAGAUGUAUUCACGCCUGAUGCCAGUUGUGAACAGUUGACAGAUGUGUAUUUUGUUUCGAUGCUCAUGGGUGCUGAUUUGUCCAAUAUUCUCAAAAUUCAACGACUUAAUGAUGACCAUAUUCAAUUUUUAGUCUACCAAACACUUCGAGGCCUCAAGUAUAUUCACUCCGCUGGCAUAAUUCAUCGUGAUCUUAAGCCUUCCAACAUUGCCGUUAAUGAGGAUUGCGAGCUAAAGAUCCUGGAUUUUGGCCUUGCGAGACAAACUGACAACGAAAUGACAGGGUAUGUGGCGACUCGAUGGUAUCGAGCACCUGAGAUUAUGCUCAACUGGAUGCAUUAUUCGCAGACAGUCGACAUUUGGUCAGUCGGAUGCAUUCUGGCUGAGCUCAUUACUGGACGAACGUUGUUUCCUGGCUCAGAUCAUAUUGACCAGUUGACGCGAAUAAUGAAUAUAGUUGGGACGCCGAACGAGGAAUUCCUAGCCAAAAUUCAAUCUGAAGAGGCGAGAAACUACAUUAGGAAUCUUCCCAAAAUGCCAAGGAAGGACUUCAAGAAGUUGUUCGCCACAGCCAGCCCCGCAGCUAUAGAUUUGUUGGAGAAGAUGCUUCAAUUAGAUCCCGAUUACAGAUUUAGGCCAACUGCGGCUGAGGCUAUGGAGCAUGAGUAUUUGGCUGCUUAUCAUGACGCAUCCGAUGAGCCGACAUCAGAAGUGUUAGAUUUGGACGAAGGUGUUGAGACGACAAGUAUAGACGAAUGGAGGAGAUUGAUUAUGGGAACGAGAUUGAAGAUUUUGCAGCUCAACGAGAGUCGGCUAACCAUACACCCUCUCCAAGUAUGGAUGAAAGCUAGUCUGAUUUUGAUGGCGGCUCAACGAGAGUCGGCUAACCAUACACCCUCUCCAAGUAUGGAUGAAAGCUAG